GUCCGCAAGCAGCCUGGCAGCCUGGCAGCCUGACAAAAUAUGUGGAAUACCGAGGUAAUCUCUCAGUCUCGACCCUCCAACCUGCAGCACCAAGCAAGGAGCAUCUCUUCCUGCAGCACCAAGCCUUGCAAGCCCAGAUGCGAAAUGUCUUAUCUUUCCCAUCCUCGCAGCUCCUCGCCUCUUGCCCAGCCCUUGCCCAGACUGCCCAUCGCCAGCCUCAACCUUGCUUGUCGUUUUCUGCCUCGCCCCCUUCUCUCGGUCCUUCUUCUCUUCGAGUCAUAUCCUUGACGGCCAAACAAGUGCACCAUCGCGGGACCGUAGCACAACAUUCUGCCUUGGCACAGCGCCAUCUCCGUGAUCCUGCUGCCCCCUUCGGUCUGGUUGGCCACGCACCUUUGCCCGGCUUGCGUCCUCGAACUGCCCUUCUCGGCGGGAAAGCUUUUUGGUGGCUGCCCAGGAGCUAAGCCAGCUUACCUGCCAACGGCGGACGCCGACAGAUCGAUUUCCUGCCACCCGAACCCUCUCUCCGUCUUAGAGACGUUGGCUAUUCCCCCCCUCCCGGCGGCAAAUGCAGUUCAGGGUUGAGUUCUUCAGUCUUCUUCUCAAGUCGCUUCGCUGAAGCCCCGUCUGCCGUCUGCCCAAGGUUUUUGUUUGUGGUGCUUUUUCUUCCCACUCUUGAGGAACCUUGGCCUGCAUGACCUUGAACGAAAAACAUCUUUGCAACAUAUAACAACAAUGGCGUCGUCCACCGGCGUCGACAUUGCUCAGCCGGCCAAAUACCCGGCCGACGAUGAGAAGGCCGUUGUGGGGAGGGCCCAGUCCGACCGCAGCAGCUCCAUCCGGUCCCUAGGCCACGGCGAUGGCACUGCUCGGAAGCUCAAGUCUCGUCACAUUCAACUCAUUGGUAUUGGUGGUACUAUCGGUACCGCUCUCUAUGUCCAGAUCGGCAAGGGUUUAUUGAACGGCGGGCCUGCAUCUUUGUUCUUGGCCUUUUCGAUAUGGUGCACCUUCAUUCUAUGUGUGACCAUGUGUAUGGCCGAGAUGGUCACAUACCUGCCCAUCUCCAGCCCGUUCAUUCGCUUUGCAGGGCGCUAUGUCGACGAGGCUUUCGGCUUCGCUGCCGGGUGGAACUUCUUCGUGUUCGAAGCCGCCCUGGUGCCCUUCGAGAUCACGGCGUGUAACGUCAUUAUCCACUAUUGGAGUGAUGUUGUACCUGCUGGGGGUAUAAUAGCCAUUGUCAUCGUACUCUAUGGGCUCAUUAACUUGCUCGCCGUGCAAUGGUACGGCGAGAGUGAAUUCUGGGCCGCAUUGGGGAAAGUCCUCUUGAUUAUCGCGUUGAUCAUCUUUACCUUCAUCACGAUGCUCGGCGGCAAUCCGCUCGGCGAGAGGUUUGGCUUCAAGUACUGGCAGAACCCGGGUGCCUUUGCUGAGCUCUACCGUGACGGCGAUCUGGGCAGAUUUCUCGGGUUCCUCCAGUGCCUCAUUCAGGCCUCAUUCACUAUCGCAGGACCAGACUACGUUUCCAUGGCAGCAGGCGAGGCUGAGAACCCAAGGAAGGUCAUGCCCCGCGCAUUCAAUGCGGUUUUCUACCGUCUUACGGCGUUUUUUGUUCUGGGCAGUCUGGCAGUCGGAAUCUUGGUCCCAUACACCGACGAGGAGCUUAAGACGGCCUUUAGUUCCGGCGCCCCGGGCGCUGCGGCUUCUCCGUAUGUGGUCGCGAUGAACAGGCUGAAGAUCACUGUUCUCCCUGACAUUGUAAACGCAAUGGUGCUCACGGCCGCGUUCAGCGCCGGAAACAGCUACGUCUACUGCGCCUCGCGGUCCCUCUACGGCCUGGCCCUCGAGGGCAAGGCGCCCAAGAUCUUCCUCAAGUGCACGCGCAAGGGCGUGCCCAUCUACUCGGUCCUACUGGUCCUGCUCAUCUCCCUGCUGUCCUUCCUCCAGGUUUCCAACAACGCGGCCGUCGUCCUCUCCUGGUUCGUCUCCCUCGUGACGGCCAGCCAGCUCAUCAACUUCAGCGUCAUGUGCUUUACCUAUAUCCGCUUCUUCAAGGCCCUCAAGGUGCAGGGUAUCUCGAGAGACAGCCUGCCGUACAAGGGCCCGCUGCCGCAGCCCUUUGCCGCCUGGUAUGCACUUGUUGGCUGCUUUAUUAUGACGUUUGUUGGGGGCUAUACUGUGUUCUUGCCCGGGUCCUGGGAUGUGCCGACCUUCCUCUUCUCCUACACAAUGAUCGCAGUCUGCCCUCUACUGUUCCUUGCAUGGAAGGUGAUGAAGCGGUCCAAGUUUUAUAAGCCAGAAGAGGUGGACUUGGUGAAGAACCUGGAUGAAAUUGAAGAAUAUGAGGCAAACUACGUGCCUCGACCGGCUAAGUAUGUCCCAGGACCCUCAAAAUCCUGCAUUCAUUCAACGAACUGACAAGCACACAGGAAUGCUUUUGAGAGGUCGUUGGAUUUCCUCUUCGGAUAAUGGCAUCUAGAGAAGGCUGAUUUCCGUGUUGUGCCUGUCCUCAGGGAUGUUACUGAUCAGAUAUAAAUAUCAAGAUCUAGGCCUGCAAGCCGCAGUUGUCCUGCCAAUGCUGCACAGGUCGCUCAUCCACCAGGGAAGAUUUGGACACUGGCAUGAAUCUCAUUCUUCAAAUGUAUUGAGCGGGAUAGAGCAAGAGACGGCAAAGUUGGGCAUGUCUACAACUUCAGUCAUGCGCAAGCUGGCAGCCACACUUGAUAGCAUGUACGCUUCCACUCUCGUCAGGCCCUUGUAUUUCUCAAGCCAGUCAAGAAGGCCUCUUAGUGCCAUCUUAGCCGCCUCCCGGGGGUCGGCGUGGACGCCCAAGGCAGCGUAGGUACCCUUGACAUCAUCCUCGGCGACCUCGCCCACCCUCGGAGGGGUGGUGUAGUGCGGGCAUGAAAGCUCCAUCCAGCCCUCGGUGUGCUUCUUGAUGAUGCUCAGCUUGACAGUCGCCUUCCCCGGCGUCUCUAUGGCCGUCCCACAGACCUCACCGUCGCCCUGGGCAGCGUGGGCGUCCCCGCAGCUAAACAGUGCGCCGGGUACCUGGACCGGGAAGUAGAUGGUCGACCCUUUGCCGAGGUACCGCGUGUCGAUGUUGCCGCCUGAGAGCGUGUAGGGUGGGAUGGUACUAAAUUCGCCGUGCUCGGCGGGCGCGAUGCCCAGGACCCCGAGGAAGGGGCGUACAGGGACCGAGAUGCCUGGCUUGAAGACGGCGCGCGGGGGGCCGUUGGCGCCCGUGUUUCCGGGGAGCAACGACUUGCCGGUCAGGUCCCAGAUCUUGACGUGCUGCUCGGUGAAGUCGUCGGCCAGCAGGCCAAAGCCGUGGAAUAUGGCGGUCCAGCCGUAGUCGGCCGUGACCAGGUCCUGGAUGUCCACCUUGAGCACGUCGCCCGGCUCGGCGCCCUCGAUAUAGACGGGGCCGAACGCCGGGUCCACCAAGGCAAGGUCGAAGUCGGAGAAGCACGUGGCCUCGUUAUCCGGACGGACCUGAUUGUUGCCGCCGUCCUUGAGGUCAAAUGAGAUCUCGGCGCCGGAAGGGACCGUGAGGACUGGUGAGAGGGCGUUGCUCCAUUUUAGGUGUGCCUUGGAUAUGGGGACGUGAAAGGAGUGCGCCAUAGCUCCGAAAAAAGACGACGAGCUUGUGGGCUCUCUUAUUGGGUGUCAGUGUGUUAGUUGUAACCUUGAAAAUAUCCCAAUGUGAGAUACCCAGGUGGGAAGCCGGUGACGAUGAGAUGGGGAGUCGUUUCCAGACGGGGAUGGCACCCCCGCAUCUUGCACCCUGUAUGUAUGCAUCUCUCAAAAUGGAUUAUACGAUGUGACGUCGCG